AUGUCCCAAACAGCCAUUAUUGCUAUGCCCUCGGCAAUCCACUGCCCGCCACCCGUAAUUGCACGAGACUUUCAUUAUGCGCCUGCGGACAGACCCCGAAAACUCUCCCGCGAAGAACUUGAUUCUCUUCGGGAACAAGGCCGACAGUAUCAGAUCUUGAAGACUCAUCCCACCCAAGCAGGUCCCAUCAUCGUCACUCAAGACAUGUCCAGACUGCCUUUGAACGUGACACCAGGUUUGAGUCUGAAGAGUGAACUUGCGGCGGUGUGGAUGCCGAAUGUGGUGGAGGUGGGUAGGCGAAAGACCGGAGAUAGAGACAUUGUGGAGAGGAUGCCGACCGUGGUGGAAGAAGCGCUUGUGGGGUAA